AUGAAGCUCGACGCCAAAGCUAUUCGCUACCUCACCUCCGAGGAUUUCCGUGUUCUUGCCGGGGUUGAAGCCGGAAGCCGAAACCAUGAGGUCGUCCCGACGCCGCUGAUCUCGAACCUUUCGGGCCUCCGCGGUGGCAGCGGAGUGAACCGCGCAAUUUCCAACCUGGCAAAGAUCAAUCUGAUCGCUAAGGUCAAAAAUGCCAAAUGUGAGCAUUCUGUCGACUCGAUCACUUGCCUACACGACGCUAAUACAACGGCUAUAGAUGACGGCUACCGACUUGCAUAUGGAGGAUUGGAUUAUCUUGCGCUGAACGCGCAUCAGAAAGCAAAGGUCAUCUACUCAGUUGGAAACCAGAUUGGUGUCGGCAAGGAAUCAGACAUUAUCGUGGUGGCACACAGCAGCGGAUCCCAGCGCAUCAUGAAGAUUCACCGUCUCGGCCGUAUCUCUUUCCGAACUAUCAAAACCAACCGCGAUUACCUUCGACACCGCAGCUCAGCCUCUUGGAUGUACAUGUCACGACUGGCGGCAAUGAAGGAAUUCGCGUUCAUGAAGGCACUGCGCGAGAAUGGAUUCUCCGUCCCCGAGCCCAUUGCUCAGAACCGACACACCAUCGUGAUGGGUUUAAUCGAUGCUUUCCCUCUGCGCCAGAUCGCCAAGGUCGCCGAUCCCGCCAAGCUCUAUUCGGAGCUCAUGAACAUGAUCUUGGAACUUGCGCGAUUUGGUCUGAUUCACGGUGACUUCAACGAGUUCAACAUCCUGAUCAAGGAAGAAGUGGAUCCUGAGGCUAAGGCCAAAGGUCCACUCACUGAGGAAGAGGAAGAUGAGAACCUGUUGUUGACUCCUGUUCUCAUUGAUUUCCCUCAGAUGGUGUCUGUUGACCACGUUAAUGCCGAGAUGUACUUUGACCGCGAUGUCGAAUGUAUCAAGCGGUACUUCAGACGCAAGUUCAAGUUCGUGAGCGAUAAGAAGGGUCCCACCUUUGCUGAAGCCAGGAAAUUGCUCCUCAAGAACCCUGGCAAGCGCCUGGAUAUUGAGGUCGAGGCAUCAGGGUUCUCCCGCAAAAUGGCCAAGGAGCUGGAGGCGUACAUGCAGGAAGUGGGAGCCACUGGAGAUGGAGAGGGCUCCAAGAACAGUGACGACGAAGAGGAUGAUGACGAUGAGGAGGAAUCUGGGUCCGAAGAAGACGACCACAGUGACGCCGAAGAGAAUCAGACCUCCGAAGAUGUUGAUGAUAGCGCCAAGCGGCUGGAAGACCUUCGAGUCUCAGAAUCAUCGGCUCAAUAA